AUGGAGGAAAGUUGCAUCGAACGACAGGAAGAGGAACUUCAAGUUCUCCAUGCUAUUUUCAUGGACAACUUCCAAGAUUUGAGAGAAGAGCCUGAUGAACCUCCGAAGGUUUGUUUAAAGUUGACUUCAUUGCAAAGUGCUGCGGCCAAGGAGGUCUAUGCCAGAGUUGAUUUGAUCAAACAGUAUACAGUGGAUUAUCCUAAUCAGAGUCCAAAGCUGUCUAUGUGCAAUGCUGAAGGUAUUUCAGAGGAAGAUGUAAAUAAGCUUCAAACUGAGCUUUGCAAAAUGGCUGCUGAUCUUGUUGGUGAGGUUAUGGUUCUGCAAUUAGCACACCAUGUUCAAACAUGUCUUCACCAACACAACAAACCACAGUUAUCACUUUAUGAUGAAAUGAUGGCUGACCAGCUUAAAGAGGAGGAGAGACUCCAAGCUGCUGAGCGUCAAAGACUGCAGAUGGAGAUUGAAGCUAACAAAGAGUGGGAAGAAAAUGAGGAAAGGAAGACCAAGACAGAUCCAGCGACUCAGAGUGCAAAGACAAAAGAUCCUGACACCAGCCCAACAAAGGAAGUGCCACUUCAAAUAAAACAAUCUGGGAGUUCCACGGCACUUACUCAAGCUUUCCCGUCGCCAGAGAAAACAGAGGGAAUGCCCUCUGGCAACAAUGUCAUGAGACGAAGGCGGAGCUCUGAAAGUGUGGAUGAUGAGUCCUUCACAGGGACACGAGUGAUCCACUUCACCAGCAGAGGGGGGCAUAUCGUUUAUUGUGGAAAAUACCUUGGUCAGGGAUCAUCCGGUUCUAAAGUUUACAAUGGCAUGAACAUUACCAUAGGUGAUCUUGUGGUGGUGUGUGAAUGGAUUUUGUCGUCACUUCAUGCAGGACCUCAGAUGCGACGCACGCUGAGUAUCACUGACAACCAGCAACAGGAUCCGCAAGCAAGGCUUUUGAAACAGGUAUUCAGUAUAGAGCAGGAGACUUUGUCCCUGAUCAACUGCGUCAGUCAUCCAAACCUGACACACUAUUUAGCCGUUAACGUCCAGGAAGAAUCUCCUAUUGUCAAAGUCCAGGUUUUGUCAGAAUACGUUGGUGGCGGCGAUCUCAGUUUGCACCUCAAGAAAGAAGGGAUGCCUGUGGCACAGCUACGAGAAUACACUCAGCAACUUGUGGAAGCCUUGUGCUAUCUUCACAGCAGGGCUGUGGUCCAUAAGGAUUUGAGGUUAUCUAGUUGCCGCCUUGACUCUGACGGAAAUAUUCGACUGGCUGAUUACAGUGUUGGGAAAAGGUUGUCGGAUCUGUACCAAAUGUAUAGUGGGAAUGUGAAAGAAACACAGAGUAACGCUGCAGACGAAAACAAAAAAAUAACUUCUGGUUGUGGAAAGAAAGGAGAUGUCUACAGUUUGGGCCUACUCGUUCUCUCUUUGGCUGUCGGAGAUGUAAUCUUUGUAGACGUGAAAGAAAUAUCUGCUUCAUUGCCGUCAGAUUUGCGAGACUUCCUUUUCAAUUGCUUAAAGACCGAUGAAAGAAACCGGUGGUCCGCAUCUCAGCUACGCGAACAUUCAUUUUUAACCUCAGUCAUAUACGGUAGUUUAACGCACGGUCAACAGGAAGUUGGAAAGAACAGUGGAAAAGCAGGGGAUGAUGGGCCGUCACACCUGGUUGACCAACCGGAACGCGAAGAGCCUGUACCUGACUUCUCAUACAUCUCGGGAGUUCCUGGACAAUCCCGAGUAAAAUGCGAAUUUGAGGAUCUGCAGUUUCUUGGAAGAGGAGGUUUUGGAAGUGUCAUUAAGGUACGAAAUAAGCAGGACAACUGCUUUUACGCUUUGAAACGGAUUCCUCUGAAUCCAAAGAGUACUCAGUUCUACAGGACGAUCAUGCGUGAGGUACAGCUGAUCAGCCGCCUGAAUCACGAGAAUGUCGUGAGAUAUUUCGAUUCCUGGAUCGAAAGCGCAGAGGACGUUGAAGACUCCUGGUGGCAAGACGACGAGAAAGGAAAGAACAAUGAAUCAGAUUCGUCUUCAAGUGACUCGCAUGAAUCGAUUUGUUGUCCAAGUAAAUUAACACCAUCUGAGAUUCACAGUGUGUCAUUCUUUAAUAGCAAGUCUGAGUCGUCUGAAGGGGUGGUGUUUAGAGGAAAUGUUGAAGCUUUGGUUCCUCAGUGUGGAGAUCUGUCAGAUACAGAGUCCGAAGAUUCUGAUGAAGGAACGGAAUGGCGGGAGACUGGAAGCGAGUCCAGUAGAGAACAGGUGGGACAGUACCUGUACAUCCAGAUGGAGUACUGUGAGAAGAGCACCUUAAGGAACCUUAUUGACGAGGGCUUGCAUGAAGAUAAGGAGCGAGUUUGGAGACUUUUUAGAGAGAUCGUCGAGGGCCUGGUACACGUUCACACUCAGGGCAUUGUUCACCGGGAUCUUAAGCCCGUAAACUUGUUCCUAGAUUCUCUCGGCCGCAUCAAAAUAGGCGACUUUGGCCUCGUAACCACCCACGGCAUGAUACACGGAGAAAUGGGCACUGACGACCCAGAUUCUAUUGCUAAUGGCCAGUCUCCUAAGAUGAACCCAAGCUGUAAAGAGAGUAUGGCAGGCGAGGUUGGUUCGACGCUGUACACGGCUCCGGAGGUGGGAAAACGGUUUGGCGGUCGAAUGAAGUACAGUCAAAAGGUUGACUUGUAUAGUUUGGGGAUUAUCUUCUUUGAGAUGUGUUACAAGCCUUUCACAACCUCUAUGGAGAGGGUUAAAGUUUUGGGAAAUCUUCGAACGGAAGGAAUCAUCUUCCCGACUGAUUUUGACUACAAGGGCCUCGCUAAGGAAAUCAUCGUCCUGAAGUGGCUCCUCAAACAUACCCCUGAGGAGCGCCCUACCUCACAAGAACUUCUUCAAAGCCAGUAUGUCCCUUCUAAGAUUGAAGAUGGUCAGUUGGACGAAGUGCUCAAACAUACGCUCGCGUCUACGAACUCUACUCGCUACCAGCGUAUGAUGAAGGCCAUGUUCUCGCAGAAAGUCUCUUUAAUUCAAGACCUCAUUUACGAUCUUGACGUUUACACGGGACAGGUUUCACCACAUGCUAUCCUCGUGCAGCAGAUGGUUCACGAAAGCUUGAAAUCUGUGUUUUUGAGACACGGCGCGUUACAGUUGAAAACAUCACUUCUUAUGCCACGCACGAAGUUAUUUGAACAGCUGGAAUUAGCUGUUAGCGUUAUGGACCACAGUGGCAAGCUUAUUACGCUCCCUUACGAUCUCAGGAUUCCGUUUGCGCGUUAUAUUGCGCGAAAUGGGGUCGUGAACAUGAAAAGGUUUGACAUCGGUUGCGUGUAUCGUGACACGAAGAUUCUGGGCGCCCAUCCUAAGGAACUUUACGAGUGUGUAUUCGAUAUCGUCACAAGCUCGCCGGAAGACCUUGUGCCCGAUGCCGAGGUUUUGUUUGCGGUAUUCGAGAUAAUAAAUAAGUUUCCUUCGCUUGGUUCCCGUAAUUAUUACAUCAGGAUGACUCAUGCAGGUCUUUUGAAUUGUUAUCUGACUUCUGUAGGUAUAUCGGAUGAGCGACAGGCUGAAUUGUUGGCAAUUCUGAAAGAAAUUCGUUGCGAGAGUGACCGAAAUGUUCAGAUCAAUACGUUUGUUGAGAGCUUACAUUUAAGCGAUCACGCAGCGACGGCGCUUGGGGAGUUCCUCAACUUCGAAGGCCCUGUAAAUAAAUUACGCGAGCAUCUGAUUGAUACCAUGAAGCGAAAAUCUUCGGUUGGCCAGUCAACGCGGCAAGUUCUACACGAUCUAGAAGCCAUCACGCAGCAUGCUCAAACAUUCAAGAUUGAUCUUCCUGUGAAAGUCAAGACAUCUAUGGUUUAUAACCACCAGCAUUUCUCAGGUUUGAUUUUUGAGUUUGUAGCCGCAAAUAACCAGAAACGGAAGCGAGGGGGCGUUGAUACUCUGGCCGCUGGAGGACGAUACGAUAAGAUGAUAAAUCAAUUCCGCCGGGAAAGAGAAGCUACUAACCCCUCCUCCGGAGCGGUGGGUGUCAGCAUCGCGAUUGAAAAAAUUGUAGCCGCUGUUUUGGAAGAAGAAGACGUUACUUAUCUGUGUCCUUAUGAUGUCAUGGUUUGUUCAGCUGGGCGUAACCCAAUGCAGACCGAGCGCAUGCGUAUUGCACACGAUUUGUGGGAAUGUGGGAUCAAAGCAAAUAUCUGUUAUGAUUCAAAAGACAUGGUAUCUCUGGAGGAGCAACAAGAGUUUUGUAAACAAAGCGGAAUUCAACAUAUAGUGGUGUUGAAAGAACAGGAUGCUGGACAUGUGAGAGUGCGAUCUUUUGACAAAGGAAAGUUCACCGAGUCUCGCGUACAGAGAGCUGAACUUGUGGCCCAUCUUCAAGCGAAGUUCUCUACAAGGCCUGAACCGACUGAGUCCUCCGCGCCGUUGGGUAAUAAAGGGGCCAACACGCAGAGCGGUAACGAGACGAGUUCCACAGUUGUUCCAGAAAUGAAGGUCUCAUUUAACACCCAGGAGAAGUGGGCUUGGAACACAAAGCGGAGAUACGAAAGCUUGAUGAUGUCCAAGAUUAAACCUCUUCUGACUCACAUCAGUUCUAAGAAUGCCGUGGAAGUUAUUGCGGUUGACCUGCCUGGUGUUGUUUUGCGCGACAUGUCCGUAAUGCUUGAUCUGGAUGCAAGUCAGGACGCAUUUGAUGCUAGCGUUGCGACCAUUGCGGAUAAAACCCCGCGUUACAAGAAAUACCUUGGGCGCGUUUGCAACGACAUUCGGGACCUUAAAGUAUCCAAGAAAGAACCAGUAGUGUUCGUCUAUAGUGUAAAAGAUGAAGUGGUCGAAAUAUUUUUCUAG